AUGGCCCGCUACUCCUCUCUGCUGAAGGCGGCCGUCCUUGCGUGCGCGCUGCUGGCUUUCAAGGACUUGGCCUUUGUGGGACCCGCAGAAAGCCCGAAACUUCGGGGACAGGAGGUCCGAAUUGCCAGAGCAGAACCCGGACGGGUAGCGCUCGAGGAACGCGGAGCCGAGCAGGCGUUCAGCAGAGAGGACGUACCGAAGGUGCUGCUCGCCUUCGCCUCCGGAUUGACGCCCACGGCUGCCGUGGCCUACACCACGGCCGAGGAAGCUCUGAGGCCUUGGUAUAGCAUUGCUCCUUGGUAUGGCGGCGCGCUCUAUGUGGUGACUCUCAUCAUUCAGCGAGUACAGUUCCGAUGGUACAACUAUGCCUAUGUGGCUGCCGCGACAUUGUGGCUUGCGCCAGCGAUCAUACUCUGGUUCUCCUACAAGUUCGACCCAGCGAACAACAUCCCGGAUGAUUUCUAG